GGGGCUGAGGGAUAAAGAAGGAGCAGCUCCGGCAGCGGGGGCUCUGCUGGGACGUGGCGCAGGGGGCUUGGGGUGCAUCGUCUCCCAUGGGUGCAGCAGCCCCGGGUCUGCCCGCGGUGGCACAUUUGGGAGCUGCGCUCUAUCCAUGGAUGCUACAGGACAAGGGAGCUGGGAUCCAGCCACAGCGGGGACAGCCAGGCGACGGCCCCUGUCCCCAGGCCCCCUGUGCCAUGUCACGGCUGGCCUCCCCCCGGGUGCCAUCAGGACUCUGAUGCCCGCGGUGCUCCCGUGUCUCCUCACAGCCGCUCCGUGGUGGAAGAUGGCGCUGCCAGUGCCCAACAGCACGGCGGUGUCAUGGGCAGAGCUGGAGCGGUCGCCCUGCCUGGUCGGCAUCGUGCCCAUCGUGUACUACAGCGUCCUGCUGGGGCUGGGGCUGCCAGUGAACAUCCUGACUGCCGUGGCCCUGUCCCGCCUGGCCACCAGGACCAAGAAGUCAUCGUACUGGUACCUGCUGGCCCUGACCACCUCCGACAUCCUCACCCAGGUCUUCAUCAUCUUCGUGGGCUUCAUCCUGCAGACGGCCAUCCUGGCACGGGCAGUGCCCAGCGCCUUCAUCCACACCGUCACCGUGCUGGAGUUCACGGCCAACCACGCGUCCACCUGGGUCACCGUGCUGCUGACCGUGGACCGCUACGUGGCCCUGUGCCACCCGCUGCGCUACCGCGCCGUGUCCUACCCGCGGCGCACCCGCAAGAUCAUCGCGGCCGUCUUCGCCGCGGCGCUGGCCACCGGCAUCCCCUUCUACUGGUGGCUGGACAUGUGGCGCGACGCCGACCCCCCCACGGCGCUGGACACGGCGCUCAAGUGGCUGCACUGCGUCACCAUCUACUUCCUGCCCUGCAGCGUCUUCCUGGCCACCAACUCCGCCAUCAUCCGCAAGCUGAAGCGGCGCAGGCGCUCCGGGGGCGGCAAGACCACGGCCCUGCUGCUGGCCGUCACCGCCGUCUUCGUGGUGCUCUGGGCUCCCCGCACCGUCGUCACCAUGUGCCACCUCUACGUGGCCUCGGUCAGGAGGGACUGGCGCGUGCACCUGGCCUUGGACAUCGCCAACAUGGUGGCCAUGCUCAACACCUCCCUCAACUUCUUCCUCUACUGCUUCGUCAGCCAGACCUUCCGCCGCACGGUGGGCGAGGUGCUGCGGGGCCAGCCCCGGGCAGCCCCUCGCCGUGGCAGCGGGCACUUCCCUGCCCCGGCCCUCAAACCGCUGAAGCUGCUGGGCAGCACCGCGCUCUGAGCCGGGGCAGUGCCCGGCUGGCAGCGCUGUGCCCACCCAGCCCCACGCUUUGCACCAGGACCAGGGAGAGACCCCCACCCUGCACGGAGCCGGGGGUGCUGCUGGUGUGGGUGGCAGGAGGAGAUGGUUGUGCCCAGACACUCAUUUGGGGAUGUCGUGGUGCCUGCCUGGCAGCAGCACCCCAGGGUGGGCAGCUCAGCCCUGCCCAUGCUCAGCCCUUGGCACAACACUGGAACUCACCCAGAGAAUUUACCCAGGGAACUCAUCCUGGACACGUCCCAGCCCAGUGGCACCGAGGGUUCUGAGGAGCCCAGGGGCUGCCCGUGGUGAGGGGUGGAGGACACAAAUGAGCUCCUGCGAGCCCUGACAAGGAUGUGGUGCCCUCUGGGUGCCACUCCAUAAACUGCCGUGCUGAGACCGAACUCCGCCUGGGUCCGGCUCCCUGCGGGCAGCUGGGACGGGGGCUCCGUGCUCCAGCCUCUGUGGCACAGGGUCCCUC